AUGAGGGAAUUUAGUGACAUUGAGAAGAAAUUGGGAACCUUCACGGGUGAACGCCAUGAGAAUUUUGUUGAGUGGCUGCAGAAGUUCGAGAACUUGGCAAAGAAGCAGCGAUGGGACGAGAUCCAGAAAUUUGUGUAUUGCCGGAAGUUAAUGAAGAGUACGGCGAGGAUGUUCUUGAGUUGUACGAGAGGUCUAACUAACUGGAGAGCGUUGAAGAAAGGACUUGUGGAGGAGUUUAUUCGCGAGGAGAGCAGUGCAGUGUUUAAUGAUGAAUCCGACGAUGAAGAUGAAGAUGAUUCUGAGGAUGAAGACGAAAGCUCUGAAGUAGACGAUAAUGAUGAAGAAGAAUCAGACGAUGAGGUAUGUGAGAAAGUAGUAGAAGAGAUCGUUGUGGAGAUUCAAAAGAAUUGUGGAGAUAGAGAAUCUGUUGAUGAUGAAGCCCCAGAAGAAGUUGAUGAAAAUUCCAAUUGUGAAGAAAAUGAUGAGCAACUUGUGGAAGUUGGAGAUGAAUCUCUUGUGGAAGCAUUUGAGGAAAUUGAUGAGAAGUUUGAAGAGGAAAUCCAAGAGAUUGCAAGCCUUGUGAUGAGUUCAGAGGAGGAUGUGAUCAAGGAGGAUCAACUGGAUGAAAAGAUGAACGAGGAUCAACUCGAUGAGAAGAUCAAUGAGAAGACGGACGCCAGGGAAACUGUGAAGGAUCAUGAAAAAUUGGAAUUUGUUGUUGAGACGAGCAGGAGAAGAAUUGAGACUGUUGAGCUGGAAGUCUUGGAAGAUAUCUUGAAGGAGAUGCCAGAGAAUAGCAGUGGACCGAGAGUGUUGUAUUUCGACUAUCGGGAGGUCAAUAGUAAAAUCAAGACGAAGUGA